UCCUCCUACGUGUAACCUAUACGGCGGCAAGGCGGAUUGUUCUAAUUACUUUUACAUGAUGGAAACCGCUACUUGGAAAAGCCAGCAGCGUGUCGGGCCAGGCUGUGCCAAACCUAACGCUGCUAACGAUCCGCAUCUUGUCGGCGCCCACGGCACACGCUACGACUUCAACGGCCGUCCGGACCGCGCGUUCUGCCUGCUAACUGACCGUGACGUGCACGUGAAUAUGAUGCUGCGAGGAUACUAUAGCGAGGACACGAGGAACGCCACUCUCGUUGUGGAUGGGAAGGCCGUUCACACGUGGAUCAA